AUGACGGCUGUCGCUCCUCCCGUGCAAUUCCAGAACAUCAACCGGCAGGCAUGGAGCGCUGAAGGAGGCGCGAACGGCGCCAUGUACAUGCCGCGGAAGAGCGCCCAACGCACAAACUCGUCGUCGUCCCUCGCGUCACAGGCCUCGUCCACCUCCACCCUCUCGCCCGCACAGCAGUCACAGCCCAACGGCGCCGUGCUCCCAAACGGCACCGACGCCAGCGCCUGGGCCGCCCGCAAGACAAAAGGACCCAAGGGCCUCUAUCCAGCGACCAAGACCGAGCCCGUUGCCGGCCUCUCCAUUGCACGCCCGCACCAGAUCGCCACCGCCGGCCCCGGCGCCUCGGCUGCCUCUGCCAUGAGCGCCCUGCAGGCCCCGUCCGCCAUGCUGCCCUCGCAGCAAAACGGCGUGCUGCAGUCGCAGCAGAACGGCGUGCAGCGACAGGGAGCCGAAAGCACCGCCAUACUGCACCUGAUCCCCAUGAACGGCACCUUCGAGCGCAAGACCAUCACCGUGCCCUUCUUCCCGGACGUGCUCCGCAUCGGGCGCCAGACAAACAACAAGACAAUACCCACUCCCCUCAACGGCUACUUUGACUCCAAGGUCCUAUCUCGACAGCAUGCCGAGGUGUGGGCCGACCGCAACGGCAAGAUAUGGAUCCGUGACGUCAAGUCGUCGAACGGCACCUUCGUUAAUGGCCAACGGCUGUCACAAGAAAACAGAGACUCGGACCCACACGAGCUCAGGGAGCAGGACAUGCUGGAGCUUGGAAUCGACAUCGUCAGCGAGGACCAGAAGACCAUCGUCCACCACAAGGUCGCCGCUCGCGUUGAGCAUGCUGGCAUCUAUGCCCGGUCACCCAACGACGUCCUCGACCUGAACUUUGGCGAACUCGAAGGCAGUCAGAUGCAGAACAUGGUGGGAGCAAAUGGCCAGCAGCAAAUGGCGAACAUGCGCGGUCGCACACCCAGCCAAGGUUCCAUGAAUGGACAGCGCAUGCAGAUGUCAGGCGGCGCACAAGCAUACCAAAAUGCAAUGCAACAACCACGCCAUCCCAACUUCUGGCUGCAGCCCAUCACCAUGGAGCAGGUGGUGAAGAAGCUGAAUGCUGAGAUGAAAGCUGCCAAGCAGCAAUCACAAGACUUGCAGCAGGCUCACCAGUACAUCAAUUCUAUUCUUUCCGCAGAACCGAAAAAGGAACCGGCGAAGUCGUCGCCUGCCAAUUCCAUCAGGAUCUCGCCUAUCAAGGAUGUUAACCUAAAGGCCAGGUUUUCCGACCCUCCAGCUCCCCCGCCACAACAGCCUCUGCCCGAGAAACCAAUUUCUGCAUCGUCUCUCAAGAGGUCAGACACUGAGCGUCCCAAAAUAGCGUCGCCUGUUCGGUCAGAUGCACAGAUGUCAACCCUCACAGACGCACUGAACAACGCGAAAAAAGAAAUUGAAACGCAAGGCCUACGACUUCGGGACUUGGAGUCUCUGUUGAGUGAGGAGCGACGUGCGAGGGAAGACGCUGAGGAGCGAGCGAACCGACUUGAGCGAGAGUCGAUCAAGGAGCACGAAGACCCAGCGGAGGCGGACGAGGAGAGGAGUGCGGUUGACGAGGCCGUGGUUGAAGAGCCGAGCAACGCUGGCGUGGAGAACGGCUCUGCAUCGCCCUCGACCGACACCACGGCGCGCUUGCAACACCGUCUCGAGACUAUGAUGUUGGAGAUGAACGAGAUGAAGCAACAGAUGGAGCGGUACCGCGAGCGCGCCGAAGCUGCUGAGUCCGACCGCGCGAGCUUGGCGGAGAUGAUCGAGAACAUCAGAAAAGACAAUGCAAAGUCGAGUAGUGGAGGCAGCAGGCGACGAAGCCGCAGCGGCGGCGAUGAAACGAGAGAAACCAGAAGUAUUGGUGUUGACGGUACUGAGGAUGACGAUGAGGCUGAAGAGGGCGAAAUUGUCAUUAUCAAAGACCGCGACGUCGAUGAGGAUAGUGCAGGCACGCUGUCCCGAAGAGCCAGCCAACAGAACGGGCAUGCCACAGACGGCGGGGCGAAGGAGUCAUCGAAGCCGUCCAACGCCCUCUCAAUUCACCGCCACAGCAGCGCUGACUUCAUGUACCAUGGUGGUCCGGUGGGUGCUAUUGUGACAGUAGUCGCAAUUGGAGUAGCCGUCAUGGCUAUGCUCAAUCAGUAUCCAAAGGCCGAGCGCUGAGUGAGCGCGCGCAGCUACACUUGGCCACUACGGCAGAUCGACUUUGGCGGGAAGACCGGACAAGCUGGACUGGCAUAGAUUUCGGGGCGAUGCACAGCUCCGAGGACUGCGUUUACUGAAUCACCAGCACACCUCAGACCCGUUAUUCCUCGGUCUUCCCAGCGAGAUUCCAACACCUCCCACAAUCACCGCCACAGCGCCUACAAACACGACAGGCGCAUGACACAUCACGACCAGCAAG